GGUGUGAAAAAUGUUCAACUUACUCGGAGGUUUUUGCUUCUAUGGAAUUUAUAUGACGAUUCUGUGGGCCUACAACAGCUUUCUAGAAUCGUUGCUCGGGAUCAUCUGGGGUUCGCUGAGGAGUUGGGUCACGAAGGAAAAACUGACCGAGCGGUAUGGUCCUUGGGCAGUUAUAACCGGUGCAACGGAUGGAAUCGGGAAACGCUACGCGGAGAACUUGGCAAGUCAAGGACUGAACAUCGUGCUUAUUUCCCGCAGUGAAGUGAAAUUAAUCAAAGUCGCCAACGAGCUGUACGAGAAAUAUAACGUUGAAACCCGUUGGAUAGCGGUGGACUUUACCAAGGGUCCACACAUUUACAAACCGAUUCAGGAAGAACUUUCCAUGUUGGAUAUUGGGCUGCUAGUAAACAACGUUGGAUUCCACUCGUCGGUGCGUUGCUUCGAUCUGAACACGGAGGAAGACAUCCUCUCCACGAUCAACGUAAACGUCAUGGCUACCACACUGAUGACGCGGAUUGUCUUGCCCGGAAUGAAACAACGCCGGAGGGGAAUCGUCAUUAACAUUUCGUCCGUGGCCGGAUACGUUCCGUCUCCGUACAUUAAUGUGUACGGUGCCUCGAAAGCCUACGUCAACCAUUUCAGCCUCGCGAUGAGCCACGAGCUCCGCGGAACGGGUGUGGAAUGUCAGGUGGUAGUGCCAUCGGUCGUCAAGACCAACAUGUCCCAGCGCUACCAGGACGGGAUCCCGUGGUUCAUGAGCGUGGCCAAUGUAGAGGAACUGGGCAGAUUCGGGGUGUUCACGAUCGGGAAGACGAUGCAUACCUGCGGAGGUUGGAUGCAUGCGUUUCAGGUCUGCUGGAAGGACGUAGUUCCAUCGUCGUGGGCGGUCGCCCUCAUUGCCAAAGUGACAGUGCAAGGGGUAGGACGAUAA